AUGUGGUACUGGUCAGCUUACCAGAUGGAGCAGCAAUAUGUCGACGCGGCCAAUCGAAAAAUUGCUACGUCGUGCAAGUCGUGCUCCUUCGCCCAGUUCGUUACAUGGAUUGCUGAUGCAGCGGAUGAGGACACGACCAAGUCUAAAUUUGCAGCCUAUAAAGCACAGAAUGGAAAGGACUACGUUCCCGCCUCCGUAGAUGAAGGGGCAAAGUGGCUGGAUGACAACGGCAUAACAAAACCGAUGAGAUUAUUUCGAGUCAUUCACAACGUCUAUGAUGUGCCCAAUGUCUUUAAAGAAGUUUCAAAGGCUAUUGGCGCGAUUUACAAGAGCAAGCAACCUGACCCCAGUCACCCUCCAUUCAGUGACGCUUUCCUUGCUCGAAAGCGAGUUGAUGUGAUCCGUUUGGUUAGGGAUGACAACUCCAACAUACUUCCGAACGGCAAUGUUGUACCAGACUGCGAUUUGAAGUCGGCUAUCGAUGCAAUCCAGCAAGAGAAGAAAGUGACAGUAUCAAUCAAUGAUUACUACAAGGCUUAUAGAGCUGGGACACUCGAAGCUUCAGGAUCCGAUGCGACGUCGAAGGACGACAAUCAUGCGGCGAAUAUUCAAGAGGUCCAGAGAGCGAAAUACAGGAUGCUGGGAGGUGUGUGCCGCAACGAAUGA